AUGAGUUGGAAUGUAGAAAAAUCCAUUGAGUUGCACAACCAGAUUGUUGCCCAUGCGCUCUCACAUCUUCCGCCUGGACACCAACCCAACGUCGAGCGUGAUUGGUUCGCCACACACCGGCUGGAUCCAGCUUCCACGAAAUCUGAAUUCGAUCUUGACGAUGAUCUCGUAGAAUUCCUAUCUGACGUCAAAAUCGUCGCACCCGAAUAUAACGGUCAUCUUUUAGAUUUCUGUCCAGUUCUCGUCGGCGUUGUAAACCCUCGCGGUGAUCACGGGCUGCGACCCCAGUCGUGGGAAGGAUCUCGCGAUCACGCUGGCCUCAUCUCGCUAUACCACAAUGAAGGUCCCUAUCCAGGCGGCUUGGUCUACAGCCUGGAUACGCGACAGGUUACCUACUUGAAGGAUGCGUCUACCUCACCCUUUGAGCCAGAGCUUCCGUGGGCCAAUUUGAACGACGUCCUACAACUCUAUUGGAACUGCAUCGAGUCCGGGAAGUUCGUUAUAGACGCCGGGAAUUUCUUUGGAUACAGCAAUCCAGGGUGGAGGAUCGAGCAUUGUACGGAGAAAGAGAUGGAUCAGAUGUUGGAUGUGUGGGGUAGCUUGGUCGAUUUAAUUGCGAAGAAAAUGCCUGCAUCCGGCACGCAUGGAAGACGAAACAACGCUCAAGACAAAAUGGAGGACGAAGGACCCCGACGCAAGAAGAGAAGGACGCAAGAAGUAGGCUUGGUUUCUACCGAGGUCUUGAACAUGUACCCAGCGAUCCCGCCGUUCGUGCGCGCCUUCCUUUCGAGAGCUAAGAAACCUCCGUUCAAAUCCAUCGCGCCACAGCUCGAUGUUCCUGAUGAGGCUUUCGUUCAUCGUAUAGGAGCACAGAUGCAAAAGAAGGACCCACAAGCUACUCUCAUAGAGUCUCAGACCGAGGUUAUAGGAGAACGUUUAUUUCUGCUUUUCCCGUGGCGCACACAAGGCAUGCCGCUCAUUUCCGAAUGCGACCAGCUGCGUUGGGAGCCUACCAACCGAUCUGGAAUUUUGGACAAUCGGGGAGGACUAUACAUUCAUCACAACAAGUUCUACUCACAUUGCAGCACAUUACUACUUCCAUUUCCUGUGGGGGGUAACGGUCAUGUUCUCCGAGGUGACGACACCAAAGUGGAGGAGCCGGGCCAGGACGUGCUGUAUGAUCUUGGCCUGCGCGAACCUUUCCUACCUGACAUCGGAACGCCGCUGAUUCCUAUACUGCUCAACUGGUGGGAGCAAGUCGAAAAUGACUCCUGGGCUGUUGACAAGAAUGGAGUUGCAGGAGGAGGCGAGCUUUGGAAGAAGGCGGAUACCGAGCAACAUGCGGAGGACUUCCAAAUCGAGUGGGGAAUGCGUCUGGCCGAUCUAUACUAG